CUUUUUAGCACACUGCAUCCUCACGGUCUGCUAAAAUGGCAGGGUCUCGUAUGACAGAGUACAGGUUGUGCUAUAGACACUAAAUCUCAGCGUUGAAAAUCAAGCAAGGCUGAUCGACACAGCUCAUCGAUAAAUCACAUGUCUGAGAGGCCCUUUCUUCACCUUCCUGUCUACUUUAAGCAUUUAGCUACAUUUCACUUGCAUGGAAAGAGUGUCUUCGUUUCAGAAACUGCAUUCUAUUCCAAAAGAUCCGCACCACACACUUAAUGUCGACGACUGGGCCGACGAAGGUUAUAAUUCAACUAGUCCAUCACCCGAUGAAAAGUCAAAAUCCUUUGACAACGAUAAACGAAAAUGGGACCGAGAGAUCCCUAUUAUGAGAAGUGCAGAGUCAAUACGUAUGUCAUAUACCCCCAUUACCUAUCUGCUUACUAUCCUAGCUAUCGUCUUUCACUUCACGUCGUUGUACAGCCGGUCUACCAAUUAUACGUUUCCAGCCGUGUACGAGAUUUAUUGUAUUGUAUUUCACACCACUCAUGUCUUCGCUCAUUCUCUCGUCCAUCUUCGAUUUGAACGGAUUUGCGUCAUCUAUGGCUCUUGGCUCGUUUGGGUCGGCUGGGUUCUCGGAGUCAUGUCCUUUUCUGAACGACUUCCUUUGGAUUUGGCUCAUCCUACCAUUGGUUUCUUCGGCCUCUUGAUUUUGGAACGAAGAAAUGCCUGGGGCAUCAUUAUGUGGGAAUUCGUUAGUCGUCUUGAUGAAUUCGAUAGUGUCCCUGGUCGCCGAGCAAGAACAAAGUCAUGGCUACUGCCACGUACCCUGCUGUCUUUCUCGGAAACAGGCGGUUUUCGAGUUGCGAGCUAUCGUAUUUGGUGUCUGUUAGGAUGUGGUAGCGUUUGGAGUUUGAUCUAUGUGCCACUGGCUUGGUCCGAUGGUUUCUCCCUAUUCUAUCUCCUUCAUCCUUGGAAAAUCUUGCGAGUCUUCAUCUUAAAUGUACUUGCUGGCGUUGCCAUGAUUUGUUUCUGGAGUUUCUGGACCUUCCAAUACCGAGGAGUUGUCUGGCGAAGAGAGUUACGUAAAGGCGUCGCUGUGUGGUAUAGCGAAGGUCUUGUACGAGCAGGCGAUGUUGUUUAGAAUAUACCAAUAAUAGAUUACCCAAGGUUUUUUUUUAACUUGAUUCGGGGGAACCUACAAGUUUCAUUCACAUUCCUCAAUGUAAAUAC